GCGAGACUGACAAGUUUUAUCCUUUUAAAGUAAUAAUAAAGAAACAAAAUUAAAAUAAGUGGAAUUUUUGUGGAAGCAUUUGUAAAAGCAAUCAAUGGUUCACGACGGUGAUCCAUCGUUCCUAUUCACCUUAAAAAUGAAAAGACAGAACAUCAGAACUUUAUCGCUGGUUGUUUGUACGUUCACGUACCUUCUUGUUGGUGCAGCAGUGUUCGACCGACUUGAAUCUGAAACAGAAGCGAUUAGAUGGGAAGUUCUUAAAACAGCUAAAGAAAACUUUCAUCGGAAGUACAACAUGACAGAAGAAGAUUAUCGAAUGCUGGAAAUUGUGAUAAUUGAAAAUAAGCCACACAAAGCUGGUCCACAAUGGAAGUUUGCUGGUGCUUUCUACUUCGCAACAGUUGUCCUGGCUAUGAUCGGUUACGGUCACAGCACGCCAAAUACAAAUGCAGGAAAAGCUUUUUGCAUGAUUUAUGCAAUGGUUGGAAUUCCUUUAGGUCUCGUGAUGUUCCAGUCGAUUGGUGAACGUCUCAACAAAUUUGCUUCAGUCAUUAUUCGAAGAUUUAAAAUUUUCAUGAAAUGUUCGCAAACAGAAGCAACUGAAAUCAAUUUAAUGGCAGCGACUGGUUUUUUGUCUUCUAUCAUCAUAUUAACAGGUGCUGCAGUGUUUUCAAAAUAUGAGGGGUGGUCGUAUUUUGAUUCUUUUUAUUACUGUUUUGUUACACUUACUACUAUUGGAUUUGGAGAUUAUGUCGCACUACAAAAUGAUAAAGCUUUGAUUAACAAUCCUGGUUAUGUGGCACUGUCUUUGGUCUUUAUUCUGUUUGGAUUGGCUGUUGUUGCUGCGUCAAUUAAUCUUUUAGUUUUGAGAUUUAUGACAAUGAAUGCAGAAGACAUGAGAAUUGAGAAUGAAGAGAUGGCAAAAAAAGAAAUGAAGACACAAGUUAUGACUUAUGAAGGUGAACGAAAUAUCGUUCCAACAAAUACUAAAAUUGCAAAUACAACAACUGAACAAGACGAACAAGUGUCAGCGUGUAGUUGCAAUUGUAUGGGCACAAGCAGUGGUCACACUGAAAACGGUCAGUUACUUAUCGAUGGUUAUCUUCCAACUGAUCUUGUGACAAACUCUAUCAGCUUUAAAAGGGCGUCUGUUUAA